AAUUAGGUGAGAGAUGUUUCAGGUCACCCUGGAAAAUGCAGGUUGUGACCCUGAACUGUAUAUAAGACCGCCGAGAGCUGAUUUGCUCCAGACCGCGCUCCCAAAGCUCAGUGCUCCUGCUGCUCGCCCAGGUUGCAGGGAGAUGGCCCAGCUCCAGGAAAAUGCCAACAGCAUCAUUUCUGCUUUCUACACAUGCACUAGAAGUGACGGCAACUGCAGCCCCCUGAGCAGGGAGGAGCUGAAGCUGCUCAUCGAGCAGGAGUUUGCUGAUGCGAUGGAGGACCCCCAGGACCCCCAAACCAUCAAGAAGGUGCUGUGCUUUCUGGACAAUGACAGCAACUGCAGGGUUGACUUCAAUGAAUUGCUCAGCCUGGUCUUCCGUGUGGCCAAGGCUUGUUGCAAGCCACCCCAGCAACACCAGGCACCAGAAGAUGAUCAAGAGCCAACAGUGCAAGGAAAGGCAGGUGGGGAGCAGCUCCCGGGGCCACAUGCAGCCGGAAGGGUCUCCCUUGACCAGCAGGUCCCUGAGCAGGAUGUGAACAAUCAGGUCCAGGACACCGAGACACAAGAUCCAGAAGACCGUCAAACCCAGGAGGGUGACACACAGGAGCAGGACCAGGACACCUGUCAGCCCCAGGAGAGUGAGACACAGGAGCAGGACCCAGACACCCCUCAAACCCAGGAGGGUGAGACACAGGAGCAGGACCCGGACACCCCUCAAACCCAGGAGGGUGAGACACAGGAGCAGGACCCAGACACCCCUCAAACCAAGAAGGGUGAGACACAGGAGCAGGACUGGGACAUGCAUCAGGAUGACAGGACUGAAGCACCAGAAGGGGAUGCAAAGAGGGGUGAGAUCCUGGACACCAAGGAACAAGACCACGUCAGAAAUACCCAUAAGGCUGAAGAGACCGAGACACGAAAACAGGACCCAAAAACCCACCAGGCCCAAGAAAAUGAGAUACCAGGACAGGGUUCUAACUGUGAUCAGAACCCAGAGACAGAGUCAGCAGAGCAGAACCAGAAUUGUCCCUCUGAGACACAAGAGAGACACCCAAACAAUAACAUUCAGGUAUGUGAGGCCCCUUGGCAGGACCCCAACCCUGGCAAGACUGAGAAGCUGUGGCACCCACAGCAGGGUGCAAGCCCCUGUCGGGAUCCCAAACCCCAGGGAACGCAUCAUGACCUGGCUUUCCAUCAGCUCGCUGUAUGCAAGGUGCUGGAGCAGGAGCACAGCAAGGUGGAGGCUCCGAGUUGUCCAGCACAACAGCAACAAGGUGCUCAUGGCCAAAGACAACCAGCUAUGGAGCAACAGCUCCUGAAGUCACUGUAUCAAUGGCCAACACAGCAGUAAAGGCUGAUACAAGCCCCCGUCUAAGUGUAGCUGUUGUCCCCUGAGAAAAGGUAUAUUUUGUCCUGUCCCACUCUGUUUUUUUGCAUUUCUAUUAGUCAUGUCUUAUCCCAUUCCUUAUUAACCCUGGGCUUCACCCCUGGUUUUUAUUAAGCUCUGCAUGACUAGAGACCUUCCCUCUUACUCUGUGUUAGACUGCCUCCGUCUGUGUAAGCAAAGCAAUAAAACUGAAAGCAAAAGGACA